UACUCCGCGCGCUGCGGCCACUAGGAUUCGGUCAGCACGAGCAAACGGAGCUUGGGGCUCCAGGAACAGACGGGAAGACGACGGGACAGAAAAUCUGCGCCCCCGAAUAAACAGUGAAAAUACAGCACACCCGCAUCAAAUAUCACAACCAGAGCGACACAUAAGCCCAUGGACUGGAGCAAGGGCGUGGUCGCAGGUUAGUUUUAGUGAGUUUGCAGGGUGUUCCUUCAUAUUUUUCCCCGUGUUUGUCACAGAGGGAGGAGGUGGAACGCACCGCCGCCAUCUUUGGGACCUGCCUGUGACUGAAAAGCCAGCUUCUGGGCCACGGCUGGCCUUGGAGAAGAGUUACAAUACGCUAAACAACAACAGCAGUUUGGUUUGACAGCACUCGGCAAAGCAACAACAUCGCAGACCAAUUCGGGGAGCGCAGGGAGAACAACGAGUGCUAAACCAGAAUCUCGGCUCCACUCUUCCUCCCCCCGAACGGGUUGAGCACUAGCUACUCCUUGGAUACGGUAUUCGCUCCUGUUCCUUUUAAUCCUGGCCCGUCGGACGGGUGCUCAUGCGCACAAGGCCGCCUUCCUGCAGAUGAGCCAUCGGCGGGGGCUGUCGCAGCGCAGUCGCAGUCGCAGGCCCAGAUAGUCCCCGGCGGCCGCGGCGGCGCCCCCUUCCCAGCAUGCCCUCCACCAGUCGGGCGGGGAGCCUGAAGGACCCCGAGAUCGCGGACCUCUUCUUCAAGGAGGACCCCGAGAAGCUGUUCUCCGACCUGCGCGAGAUCGGACAUGGCAGCUUCGGGGCUGUGUACUUCGCCCGGGACAUCCGGACCACAGAGGUGGUGGCCAUUAAGAAGAUGUCCUACAGCGGGAAGCAGUCCAACGAGAAAUGGCAGGACAUAAUCAAAGAAGUGAAGUUCCUACAGAGAAUUCAGCACCCGAACAGCAUAGAGUACAAAGGAUGCUACCUGCGUGAGCACACUGCCUGGCUGGUCAUGGAAUACUGUCUAGGCUCAGCUUCGGACCUGCUGGAAGUUCAUAAAAAACCACUCCAGGAAAUAGAAAUAGCUGCAAUUACCCAUGGUGCAUUGCAGGGCUUGGCCUACCUUCAUUCCCACAACAUGAUUCACAGAGAUAUCAAGGCUGGAAAUAUCCUGCUGACAGAGCCCGGACAGGUGAAGCUGGCCGAUUUUGGCUCCGCCUCCAUUGCCUCUCCCGCCAACUCCUUUGUGGGGACGCCAUAUUGGAUGGCCCCAGAGGUGAUCCUGGCCAUGGAUGAGGGCCAGUACGAUGGGAAGGUGGAUGUCUGGUCUCUGGGAAUUACCUGCAUUGAAUUAGCUGAGAGGAAACCGCCGCUGUUCAAUAUGAAUGCGAUGAGUGCCUUAUACCACAUAGCGCAGAAUGAGAGCCCAACACUGCAGUCAAGUGAAUGGACCGAUUACUUUAGGAACUUUGUGGAUUCUUGCCUUCAGAAACUCCCCCAGGACAGGCCGGACUCUGAGGAUCUGCUGAAGCAUGCCUUUGUCCAGCGGGAGCGGCCCGAGUCGGUCCUGAUGGACCUGAUCCUGCGGACCAAGGACGCCGUGCGCGAGCUGGACAACCUGCAGUACCGCAAGAUGAAGAAGAUCCUGUUCCAGGAGGCGCACAACGGGCCGGCCGCCGAGGCCCCGGACGGAGAGGAGGAGCCGGAGCAGGGCGUGGGUCGGACGGGCACGGUGAGCAGUGUGGGCAGUAACCAGUCCAUCCCCAGCAUGUCCAUCAGCGCCAGCUCCCAGAGCAGCUCCGUCAACAGCCUCCCCGACGCCGCCGACGACAAGAGCGAGCUGGACAUGAUGGACGGAGACCACACCGUCAUGUCCAACAGCUCCGUCAUCCACCUCAAACCGGAGGAGGAGGAGAGCUACCCGGAGGACCCCGAGCCCCACAGCAGACCCUCUGAGCCGCAGUCACCCCCCGCUCAGACCCCGCGCCAGAAACCCCACUACCGCAACCGCGAACACUUCGCCACCAUCCGGACGGCCUCGCUGGUGACGCGGCAGAUGCAGGAGCACGAGCAGGACUCGGAGCUGCGGGAGCAGAUGUCGGGCUACAAGCGCAUGCGGCGGCAGCACCAGAAGCACCUGAUGGCGCUGGAGAACAAGCUGAAGGCCGAGAUGGACGAGCACCGGCUCCGCCUGGACAAGGAGCUGGAGACCCAGAGGAACAGCUUCGCCGCCGAGAUGGAGAAGCUGGUGAAGAAGCACCAGGCCACCAUGGAGAAAGACGCCAAGACCUUCGCCAACGACGAGAAGAAGUUCCAGCAGCACAUCCAGGUCCAGCAGAAGAAGGAGCUGAGCAGCUUCCUGGAGUCUCAGAAGCGGGAGUACAAACUGCGCAAGGAGCAGCUGAAAGAGGAGCUGAAUGAGAACCAGUCGACGCCCAAGAAGGAGAAGCAGGAGUGGCUGUCGAAGCAGAAGGAGAACUUCCAGCACUUCCAGGCGGAGGAGGAGGCCAACCUGCAGCGGCGCCAGCGCCAGUACCUGGAGCUGGAGUGCCGCCGCUUCAAGAGACGCAUCCUCAUCGCCCGCCACAACGUGGAGCAGGACCUGGUGCGCGAGGAGCUGAACAAGCGGCAGACGCAGAAGGACCUGGAGCACGCCAUGCUCCUGCGGCACCACGAGUCCAUGCAGGAGCUGGAGUUCCGGCAGCUGGGAACCAUCCAGAAGAUGCGUGCGGAGCUGAUCCGCCUGCAGCACCAGACCGAGCUCACCAACCAGCUGGAGUACAACAAGCGGCGCGAGAGGGAGCUCCGGCGCAAGCACGUGAUGGAAGUCCGACAGCAGCCCAAGAGCCUCAAGUCCAAAGAGCUGCAGAUCAAGAAGCAGUUCCAGGACACCUGCAAGAUCCAGACCCGGCAGUACAAGGCCCUGCGGAACCACCUGCUGGAGACCACGCCCAAAUCGGACCACAAGGCCGUGCUGAAGAGGCUGAAGGAGGAGCAGACCCGCAAGCUGGCCAUCCUGGCCGAGCAGUACGACCACUCCAUCAACGAGAUGCUGUCCACACAGGCUCUGCGAUUGGACGAGGCACAGGAGGCCGAAUGCCAGGUUCUGAAGAUGCAGCUGCAGCAGGAGCUGGAGCUGCUCAACGCCUACCAGAGCAAGAUCAAGAUGCAGACAGACGCCCAGCACGAGCGCGAGAGGAAGGAGCUGGAGCAGAGGGUGUCCCUGCGCCGGGCCCUGCUGGAGCAGAAGAUUGAGGAGGAGAUGAUGGCUCUGCAGAACGAGCGCUCGGAGCGCAUCCGCAGCCUGCUGGAGCGCCAGGCGCGGGAGAUCGAGGCCUUCGACUCGGAGAGCAUGCGUCUGGGCUUCAGCAACAUGGUGCUGUCCAACCUCUCCUCUGAGGCCUUCAGCCACAGCUUCCCCGGGGCCCCCGGCAGCUGGGCGCACCACCACUCGGGCGGCUCCCAGGGGCCGCACUGGGGCGGGGGAGGCGGGGCCGGAGGAGGAGGAGGCGGGGGCGGGGGCCACCACGGCAGCCACCACCACCACCACCACCCCAGUCAGGGAGGGCCCUCGCAGCAGGCCUGGGGCCACGGCAUGCCGGGCGGGGGCCCCCAGCCCUGGGGCCACUCCUCGUCGGGGCCCAUGGGGGCGGGGCCGAGGGCGUCGGGGGCGGCCCGGAACAGCCCCCAGGCGCUCAGGAGGACGGCCUCCGGGGGCCGCAGUGAGCAGGGGAUGAGCAGGAGCACUAGCAUCGCCUCGCAGAUAUCCAACGGGUCACACCUGUCCUACACGUAGACACGCCCACAGCUCCAGAGCAGGGCAGGGGGACCGCCGGGGCCUGGAGAAGGGGGGGCGACGGCGGGCCCAGCUCUCGCUCCCCCCCCCUCCCCACGCACCUCUCUCUCUCUCUCUUUCCCAUUCUCCUGUUCCUCUCUCUCUCUCUCUCAUCCCUCCCCACCUGCCCGCCCUCUCUCGUGUUACACAGCAGCCCCUGUGUGACAUGCAGAGACAUGCAGAGGGGCAGCCAGUCAUGCCUCCCACAGGGACAGCAGUGUGUGUGAGCGCGCUCCGAGCCGCUGUGUGAAAUGCACAAGUCUCCCUGUGUUCCCCACAGCUGUAAGGAAGCCCACAGCAGCACGGUCUCAGCCCAGCCUGCAGCCCCACCAGGCAGGGUACCCCUUUUCACAGCGCUAGGGCCCAUCCAAACCGCCAUAUUCUGUCCUUCUGAUUUAGAUUCAAAACCCAGCUUCCAAACCAGAAUUCUGCAUCCAACCCAGAAUUUUGAAUCCAAAUCAGAAUUCUGCAUCCAAA